UUUAUUUUCUUUUUAAUUCACUUGAUGAGCAACCCUAAUUCAUCCUCUAACAAGUAUCGAUCUCCAGCUUCUGGUUUAAGCAAAUCAAUUUUUUCUGCUAUUAAAGGUGUUCCAGUUGAGGAGGUUAACAGUAAAAGCGCAGUUAGAGCUCUUGUAAAUACAGGUGUACAUUUAUCACAAAUUGAUAAAACUUCGCAAAAAGAUGACAAAAAAGAGAAUAAAGAAAAGGAUAAAAUGAAAACAACUUUUAAAGCACUUAUUGGACAUUCUUCCUCAAAAUCAAGGGAUGGGGAAUCCUCUCAACGAAGCACUCCGAAAAGAAACAAAAAUAAAAAAUUAACAGAUAGUGAGAGAGGAAGACGCUCUUUUUCUUGUGAAAUGGUUGUUAAUACUCCUAAUCAUUGCCAGAAAGCUCAAAGUAUAAACCAAAUAAAUGUUGCACAUUGUCAACAACCACAACAAAAUCUUAUUACUUCCUCAAAUUCACUUAUUUGUGGCUCUUCACUUUCUGUUCAAUCAACAAAUCCUCCCUCUACUCCAGCAUUAAGAGGACGUUCACCUUCUGCUGCAAGUAGUAUUUGUUCGAAGGAUGAAAAAUUGAUUGAUAAUGGCGAAUUGAAACAACCAAAAAUUCGUCUUUCAAUUUGUGCGAAGGCUCUCUUUGCCUGUGCUAAUGGGCAAUUACAAGAAUUGAGGAAUUUAAUAAAAGAAAAUCCAGAAUUAAUAAAUUAUAAAUAUCCUCUUUGUUAUCGCUACAGUUGUUUACAUAUUGCUGCCAAGUCUGGUGAUAAAAAUAUUGUGCAAUAUUUGGUUAGAAAUGGGGCAGAUUUAAAUUCCAAAGAUGAAAUGCAUUGUACUCCAUUACAUGCUGCUGCGAAAGCUGGACAAAUUGAAAUGGUUAAUAUGCUCAUUGAAAUGGGGGCUGAUAAAUAUAUUCGUGACGCUCAUGGAAUGCUUUAUAGUACUUAUUUAGAUAAACAUUUUAAACAAUAUAAAAAUGACCCGAUGAAAUAUUCAAAAACAGUGAAGCAGUCAAAUUGUCCGAGUGAAGAAGACGAUUCAAUAAGUCAAAGCAGCAAUCGUUCUCAGAUCUCAAUUAAUUCUCGACAUAAUUAUACCUUUCAAUCGUUCAGGAAGCCUAUUGGUAGAGCUGUUCGCGAUUUCCUUCAUAGAAAAUAA